AUGCAUAAGAAUCUGCUCUCAAGAAAGGCUGCAUGCGACUCUCAUGGACAGGAUUCCUCUUACUUUCUGGGGUGGGAGGAGUAUGAGAAGAACCCUUACGACCCAAACACCAACACAAGUGGAAUCAUUCAAAUGGGCCUUGCAGAGAACCAGCUAUCGUUCGAUCUCAUCGAGUCGUGGCUCGAGAGUCACCCCAACCUAGCGGGGUUCAAGAGAGACGGUACUGCAUCCAUAUUCCGCGAGCUGGCACUGUUCCAGGAUUAUCGUGGCUUUCCUGCUUUCAAGAAAUACCAUACUCUAAGAUCAUUUUACCACAACUCCGACAGGUUUGAUAGAGACCUCAAAUGGCGAACCGGAGUGGAGAUUGUUCCCAUACAGUGCUCGAGCUCCAAUGGCUUCGAAAUCACAAAAGCCGCUCUAGAAGAAGCAUAUGGACGGGCCAAGAAACUCCACUUGGGAGUAAAAGGAGUCCUGAUAACAAACCCUUCGAAUCCGUUGGGCACCUCGACAACCCGACAUGAACUCGACACCCUUCUCGACUUUGUCGUCGCCAGAGACAUCCAUCUCGUCAGCGACGAGAUCUACUCGGGGACCAGCUUUGGUUCCCCUGGGUUCAUCAGCGUUGCAGAGGCCAUGAUCGGUAGAGGCAAUGUUUCGCACCGCGUGCACAUCGUUAAUAGUCUCUCGAAAGAUCUUGGGCUCCCGGGAUUCCGGGUGGGUGCAAUCUACUCUCGCAAUGACUACGUCGUGGCUGCCGCUACCAAGAUGUCAAGCUUCGGCAUGAUCUCCUCCCACACCCAAUACCUCCUCUCGGAGCUGCUCUCCGACAAGGAAUUCAUGAGAAAAUACACCGAGGAGAACAAGAGGAGGCUUAAGGAGCGGCACAGGCAACUUGUCAAGGGACUCCAGACUGCCGGUGUUGGUUGUUUGAGGAGCAAUGCAGGGCUGUACUGCUGGGCGGACAUGAGACACCUGCUCGAGUCCAAGACAUUUGAAGGAGAGAGGGAGCUGUGGAAGAAGAUGCUGUAUGAAGUGGGACUAAACAUCUCGCCGGGCUCUUCAUGUCACUGCAACGAGCCCGGGUGGUUUCGUGUCUGCUUUGCCAACAUCUCAGUGGACACCCUCAAUGUUGCGAUCCGACGCCUCAAGACCUUCGUAGAUUCCUGCCUCUGCAGCCAAGACUCGGGCCGGCUCCUGAGAGGACUGCCGUUGUGUCCUUCACGCAAAAGGAGGAUUCCCCUCCCUCCGCACGAAUCCAGCGUUGGAUCGUGCAAUGGUCAUUUGGAGAUCUGUGCUGGCGGAUGAAUAAAGAAGUUCGGAGCACUUUGAGAUCCAUGCAAUACAAUCCGGUGAUGAACCAGGGUUGUAUUUUCCAUUAAAGAAUGAACCUCAUUCAUAUGCCUCCAUAGAUCUCAAAGCUAUCAUUUCACAAUCCAUCGAUGGAUUUAUGCGAACUAAGAUGGCUUUUUUUUUUUUUUUUUUU